CUCUCUCUCUAUCAAUUACUCACUACACACUCACACUCUCUACACUAUUCCACUUCUCCUCUUCGCCUCCUUUGUUUCUCUACAAUGAUACAAUACUGCUCUGUUUUAUAAAUCGAACAGAGCAGUAUUACAUUAUCAGUAUAAUUUAAUCUGUUUAUCGAGGUUUUUUUUUCUGUAUUUGAAAAAAUGGCGGAAUCAACUUUUCAGGCGACUGCUUCUGAUAUAGCAGGGCAAAUAGGGAUGAUGUGGGAAGUGUUAAAGGCGCCAUUGUUAGUGCCAUUGUUGAGGGCAGCUGUGUACAUUUGUUUAGUAAUGGAGUUAAUGCUUUUUAUUGAGAGGCUUUAUAUGGGAAUAGUAAUUAUUAUUGUUAAGCUUUUCAUGAAAAAACCAGAUAAAAGGUAUAAAUGGGAACCAAUGGCUGAUGAUGAUUUGGAAAUUGGUAGUGCUGAUUUUCCUAAGGUUCUUGUUCAAAUCCCCAUGUUUAAUGAAAGAGAGGUGUAUAAGAUCUCUAUUGGAGCUGCGUGUAACCUUUCUUGGCCGUCGGAUCGUCUCGUGAUUCAAGUUCUUGAUGAUUCUACUGAUCCUAUCAUUAAGGAUAUGGUUGAGACAGAAUGCCUAAGGUGGGCAAGCAAAGGACUUAACAUAACGUACCAAAUAAGAGAAUCCCGCGGUGGUUACAAAGCUGGAGCUCUUAAAGAAGGAUUAAAGCAUAAUUAUGUCAAAGAUUGCGAGUACGUCGUAAUUUUCGACGCCGAUUUCCGACCCGAACCCGAUUUUCUCCGUCGAUCCAUCCCGUUUCUUGUACAUAACCGGGAAAUCGCCCUCGUUCAAGGUCGAUGGCGAUUUGUGAAUGCAAAUGAGUGUUUAUUGACAAGAAUGCAAGAGAUGUCACUAGAUUACCAUUUUACAGUGGAGCAAGAAGUGGGCUCAUCUACUCAUGCAUUCUUUGGUUUCAAUGGGACUGGUGGGAUAUGGAGAAUAGCAGCAAUUAAUGAAGCUGGUGGAUGGAAGGACAGAACAACUGUUGAGGAUAUGGACCUUGCUGUUAGAGCUAGUCUUAAGGGCUGGAAGUUUGUUUACCUUGGUGACCUCCAGGUGAAAAGUGAACUCCCCAGUACAUUCAAAGCCUUCCGUUUUCAGCAACAUCGUUGGUCUUGUGGCCCUGCCAAUUUGUUCAGGAAAAUGGUGAUGGAGAUUGUUAGGAACAAGAGAGUGAAUUUUUGGAAGAAGUUUUAUGUUAUCUACAGCUUCUUUUUCGUCCGGAAGAUCAUAGCUCACAUGGUUACAUUUUUCUUCUUCUGUGUUGUCCUUCCAUUGACCCUUUUGGUUCCUGAAGUUGAAGUCCCACUAUGGGGUGCCAUUUACAUCCCUUGUAUCAUCACCACUCUCAACUCUGUCGGAACUCCAAGGUCAAUUCAUUUACUGUUCUAUUGGAUUCUCUUCGAGAACGUGAUGGCUUUCCACCGAACCAAGGCUACAUUCAUUGGUUUGCUCGAGGCAAAGAGGGCUAACGAAUGGGUUGUGACUGAGAAACUAGGUGAUACUCUCAAGAACAAAGAAAAGUCUAAACCAGCCAAGAAAGCUCGAGGACCUCUAUUUGGAGACAGGAUUCUUCCACAAGAAUUGGGAUUUGCAGUGUUCCUUUUCUUCUGUGGUUUAUAUGAUGUUCUUUAUGGGAAGCGAGUGUACUUUAUCUAUGUGUUCCUGCAAGUCAUUACCUUUACCAUUGCCGGAUUUGGCUAUGUUGGCACUAUAGUCCCCUCUUAGCGGCAGCAGCAGCAGCUUUUCCACUACUGGCAAGAGUUUUAUCGCCAGCAAUUGUUUAUUUUCGUCUACACAGAAAUAUUAGUUAUAUGAAGUACUUUCCCUGCAACCAUUUGGAUGGUAAAUUCAAGAAAAUCAUCCAUCUUUGGGCAGAAAACUCGGGACGACGACAACUUAAAAUGGAUCAGUUGUUAAAGGUGCAACGGAUGCUGAAGCAGAAAAUAGCAGACGGAUUAGCCAAUAGAUAGAUUAUAUUUUUUACUUGUUAGAGUGCAUUUUAGUUGUGUGACAUUAUAUUUCUUUCGCUUGUAAGUCAUUUUUGCUUAUUGUAUCUCUCUGCUUACCUGAGAGAGUGGAAUAACCUCAAGAUAUGGCAAAAGGGGCCAACUUUGUAAUCAGAUUUUUUUUUGUUAUUCUAGUCUAAAUUCUUUACUUUUGGUCAUGGGUGUAUUAUCAAGACUCUUUCAAUAUAUAGGAGUUAGCGAUUCAAUGAACUUUAGAGUCUCAGUGAUUUA